AUGGACGACGAUCACGAGCAGCUGGUCGAAGAACUGGAGGCCGUCGAGGCUAUCUACCCGGACCUGCUCUCUAGGAAGCAGGAAGACGGCAGCAUCAUCGUCGUCAAGGUGCCGCAGCACGAAUACAUGGUCCUGCAGAUCUCCUUCCCGACAAACUACCCGUCCACAGAGCCCCCCAAUGUCAUCGAGGUCGGGGUGUCCACGUCGGUCGCCAAGCGCGACCUCUACGACACCAAGUACCUGCAGCAUCUGUUCCAAGAGGUGAUGGAUUCCGUGUUCCACCGCGGGUCCGUGUGCCUGUUCGACUUCCUCACAGAGCUGGACGGCGUGCUGUACGUCGAGCCCGAGGAGGAAACUGAACCGGUCCAGCUAGACGACAUCCCCACGGACCCGUUCGAGGGCUGGACCGCCUCGGACCCCAUCUCCGACAGAGGGUCGACCUUCAUGGCCUUUGCGGCGCACGCUGCGUCCGAGGAGCAGGCGUUCGCCAUGCUCGACCUGCUCAAGACCGACUCCAAGAUGCGCAAGGCCAACCACGUCAUGAGCGCAUGGCGCAUCAGGCAGGACGGCUCUGCCGCCACGUACCAGGACUCCGACGACGACGGCGAGACCGCCGCCGGGUCGCGGAUGCUCCACCUCAUCACCAUCAUGGACGUGUGGAACGUGAUCGUGGUGGUGGCCAGGUGGUUCGGCGGUGCCCACAUCGGCCCCGACCGUUUCAAGCACAUCAACUCCACCGCAAGAGAGGCUGUCGUCAGGGCCGGCUUCGAGAAGUAG